GCUGUAGAUGUAAGAUUAAUUUUUAGUAUUAUAUCAAUCUGAAAUUGGAAUAUAUUCAUUAAAUAGAGAGUAGCCAUGACUAAGACGUCUUUCUUCAACUCUAGUAAAACAAGUAAUAGAACUUGCAAAAUUAAUCUUAAACCAUCACCUGAUGAAAAUAAAUGUGGUUCACUGUACCGUCGACUACCUAUUUGUGUCGGUGCACGCGUUAUUAUUAGGCGCAACAUCGAUCAAGAUAACUCCGUUAUUAAUGGAAGUGAUGCCAUAAUAAAAAACAUAGUUUGGGAAAAUUCUACGGAUUUUCUUUUACCACCAGCAGAGUGCGAAGACAUAUUUUCUGGAUUAUCAAAUGUUAUUAAUGCAAAAAUACCGAAAUAUGUAGAACUCGAAUUAUUCAAUGGGCAAACAUAUAAAUUAGAACCUCAGGAAACUCGAUUUAAUGACAUGAACAAUAUCAGCAUGACUCGAGUACAAUUGCCACUUGCACUUGGUUAUGCAAUAACCAUACAUAGAACUCAAUGUAUGACAUAUUCAAAAUUAGUUAUUGAUCUUGGUAGUAAAUAUUGGAAACCUGGUAAGGUUGGAAUAAUGCAAAAUUAA